UGAAAGUAGGUGAUUUGUUCAGAAUUAUAAGUGUUUUUCAUUACCCUUUGGACAAAGUGGUAUAAUGAGUUUUUAAAUUCUUGAUUAUUAACCCCCUGAAUUUUCUAUAAAUGACAAUUAAAUCAUGGCUUUAGACUGUGUUUCUCAAAAAAAUGAUGUGCUGUUACUAUGGUCUGGGAAUCUAGAAGCUGAACAUAUACAAGAAACUGUAAAGAAUUUGUCAGAUAAGGUUACUGAUGCAGGAUCUGUUAAAGUGGAAAAUCUAGACAGACUUCAAAUCACGUCAUAUUCAAAUUCAGCAUUUGAUGUGAUUGUGUCUGGUAUUGUUCCUCCCUACAGUACAAAGCACAGUAUAGAUCAGCUGGGUGAAGUAUGUCGCCUACUUAGACCUGGAGGUACUCUUGUUAUACAGCAGGCUGUGGAUAAUGGGUCCAAUGGAGGAACACCAGAGGCUGAGAAAAUGGUGUCUUUGUUAAAAUUAUCUGGAUUUGUUCAAGUGGAGCAGCCAACCAAGAGUGAUGAUUCUAACAGAACAAUUCUUCAGUGCAAGUGUAAAAAGCCAGAUUAUGAAGUUGGAGCAUCAACUCAACUCAAACUCUCAUUUGCAAAGAAAACAGAACCAACAAAGGUAGACGAUAAUGUAGCCAAAGUAUGGAAGUUAUCAGCAGACGACAUAUUGGAUGAUGAACUGGUUGAUGAUGAUGCAUUACUCGAUGCUGACGACUUAAAGAAACCUGAUCCUUCAACACUACGAGCUGAAAUUGGAACUGGUCCUAAGAAGAAGAAGGCCUGUAAAAACUGUACUUGUGGUCUCGCUGAAGAACUGGAAAAUGAGAAGCCUAAAGCUGCUACGUCUUCAUGUGGUAGCUGUUACCUUGGUGAUGCCUUUAGGUGCUCAUCAUGUCCUUACCUUGGAAUGCCUGCUUUCAAACCUGGAGAGAAAGUGGUCUUAAGUGAAAGACAGCUGACAGCUGACCAGUGAUAGAAAUUUGAAGGACAUAAUCCAUCAAAAAUCAAUACAUAAACUCAGUCUUAAUUACAGAAUAUGUGCAAUGUAAAAGCUCUGUGGUUGUAAAUAAAUUCAUGGUUUACA